CACGUGUGGUUGGGGAAAAACAUAAUUGUCUACCUCAAACCAAAAUUUAUUACCGUUUUUAUUAAGAAAUUAAUCCAAAUGUCAGAUGACGAGGUCAGUUUUUCCGACAGUGAAGACUCAGAUGUUGAGCUUCAGAAAGCAUUUAAAAGAGGUGAACUGAAGGGUGGACUGAAUGUGGAAGUGGCUCCUCCACCCAAGUGGAUAAACAACAAGGAAGGACUCCGACAAAAAAUGGAGGAGUUACGACUGCCACUUGAUUGGAUAGAGCGGAUGGACAUGACGAACGACCCAGCGCCGGCAGUACCGGGAACGUUCGUUGACGAGGAAGAGGAUGAUGUGAACAAUGAUUUCCAGAGGGAGUUGAAAUUUUACCGACAAGCCCAGGCUACAGUACUGGAUGCCAUUCCCAAACUUCAUAAACUUGGAGUGCUAACUAAAAGACCCGAGGAUUACUUUGCACAGAUGGCCAAGUCAGAUGAUCACAUGAAACGGGUCCGCGAGAAACUCUUGGCCAAACAGAUUGGUAUGGAGAGGUCAGAAAAGGCAAAGAAACUGCGAGACCUGAGGAAAUAUGGUAAAAAGGUACAACAAGAUGUUUUACAGAAACGACAAAAAGAAAAGAAAGAAAUGAUGGAUGCUGUGAAAAAAUACAGGACUGGUAAGAAAAACAAGUUGGAUUUUCUGGAAAAAGAAGAAGGUCCUCCCAGUAAGCGACAGAAAAAGUCCCAAACUCAAGGAACUAACAAGAAACGAGACUAUAAGAAUUCCAAAUUUGGUUUUGGAGGUCAGAAGAAACGGUCCAAAUCGAACACAGCCCAGAGCACUUCUGAUAUGUCUGGCGUCAACAGAAAGGCCAGUUUCUCUAAACCUGGUAAAGGCAGGAAAUUGCUGAAUAGAAACAAGAAGAGACCUGGCAAAAGCAGACGGAAGACGAUGAAAAAUUGGAAGAGAUAACUUUCAGUAUCUUGAACUUGUUGUACAUAUUGUAUAGUUCACUUGUUCAGAAUAAAUACACUGUAUAUAGUAAC